AGAGCGCGGCGCGGGUGCUGGACGCCAUCGCUAACCGCGUGCCCGAAGACACGGAGACAGGCAGCCUGCUCGCGACCCCUCUGCACCUGAAGAUGGUGGCCGAGAUCUUCAUGGACGGGGGCGCAGAGCCGCUGGACGGCGAGUGGGCUCUGGAGGUCUACGAGCUCUUCCGGAAGUUCGUGCGGCGCAAGGAGGAGGCGUCCCUGGACAAACACGGCUUCCAGGCCGCCAACAUCGAAUGCGCUCCGUUCUUCAAACCUGACUUCUUUUCCCAAUUUCAUCAGAAUUGCGCUAUGUUCUUGCUGGUAUCAGACAUGCGGUUUAAGGAUGUGGACCCGCAGCCCUUUGAAGACUUCAUCUCCGACAACCUGGAGGUCCUCCAACGGCUGAAGACGGGCCUCAUGUGGGUGGGCGACGACGCAGCGCCCCGCUUCGUCCACUACACGCUCGUCGAGUACUUCGCGGCGGCGUGGCUGAGCGCGAACGUGGCGCGGGAGGCGGCGGCGCGGACGGUGGCGCGCUCCUUGAUCGCGGGCGCGAACCACGAGGGCGUCGGUGGCGGCGGCGGUGGCGUGCUGCUGCACUUCCUCGACGAGAUGCUGGCGGAGGACCCCUCGCUGCACAGCGCAGUGCACCACACGGUGGCCGAGAGCAUCAACGAUGACUCUCUGACACACGUGGCUGUGAACAACGUGGAGUCGCAAGAUCCAAGAGAAGGGCCCCAGGACAGUGGGAAGGGCUCGCCCAACGUGCUCCAAUUGCUGUUCAGCGAAGCCCAAGGAAGCGCCCAGGGCAUCACCUCGCUCCACCUGGCGGCGGCCAACGGCCUCGCGGCGUGUGCGCGCGCUCUAAUACGACACGGAGCAGACGUCAACAGCGCAGAUGCAGGCGGGAGGACGCCUCUACACGUAGCGGCCACUGAAGGCUCUGUUUAA